AUGCCAGUCGUGGCGUUUGACUACGGCUACCUCGGCAGCGGCGAGGACGCGGCCCCGAUUUUGUUCAUGAGGGACUCGCUGCGCAGGUACACGGGCGCGGAGGUGUUGACCUGCAAGGGGGCGGCGCACGCGCACAGCGCCGACGUGCUUGUGAAGUUCGUGGUCAACGGCGGCUACAAGAAGGUGGUCUUCAGGUGCGACAGCGCGCCGAGCAUCGUCGCCCUGAGGGGCGAGGCCGUCAAGAGGCUCAAGAAGGACCACGGCGUGGAGUGCUUGCUGGAGACCUCGGCGGUUGGAGAGUCACAGUCGAACGGUCUAGCUGAAGGGGCUGUCAGGGAUGUGAAGUGCCUGGCGAGGACCCUCAGGCGCGCGGUGGAGGAGAUGCACGGAUUCACGAUCGGCCCGGAGCAUCCGUGCCUGCCGUGGAUGGUGAGGCGCGGCGCAGCAGUCCACAAUCGAGGUCAAGUGAACUCGGACGGGCGCGCGCCGUACGAGUUGAGGAAGGGGCGCGCUUGCAAGAGGGCGCUCCCGGCAUUCGGUGAGAAGGUGUUCUACCUGCCAGUCGGCAAGAGGAAGUCGAGGCUGGUGGACAGGUGGCUGGAGGGCGUCUUCUACGGGAUCCGCGACGACAGCGACGAGGUGUACGUGGCGACGCCGAAGGGCGUGAUGAGAGCCAGGAGCGUCAAGAGGAUGCCAUUGGCAGCGAGGAGUGACAAGGCUCUUUUCUCAGAGCUGCAGGGCGUGCCGUGGCGACCUGUUCCUGGCCAAGAAGGUGAAGGACUCGAAGUGCCACCUGCCAUGGCGAAGGUGGUGGCGGAUCAGGUGGUGCCGGACGUGGAUCUGCCCCCUGUUCCGGGACCUGUGGGUCCUCCUGCUCCGAGGAGGGUCUGCAUCAGGAAGGGCGUGGAGCUGUGGCGCUACGGGCUCACCUACGGCGAGUAG